CCAGCAGCUGCCACAGAGACAUCAGAGAGCGGUCCUCCUUGUGAGUCUGAGCUGAAGAGGAGGAGGAGGAGGAGGAGAAGCAGCAGCGCAGCCGGAGGAGGGAGAGCGAAGAUGCGCCGCGUCGCGCUGUUGCUCGUCGCCGCCGUGUGCGCGCUGGCGGCGCCGGCUGCCGCGGUCGUCACUGACGGUGAGAGCUCUCGGACCUAAGCUUUGUCAUAUACCGUUCCGUUAUGCUGUUUUCUUCACUCUAGUCCAGUCGUAGAUGCUGCUACUCUGCUAGGGUACUGCUCCUAGAGUGGACACCCCAGUUUACAGCUUCCAAUUCCAGCUGCCCGGAAUAGCUCAGCUCUGUGAGCCAGCCGUAUCAAAGCAAAACUCCCGCUUUUGUCCAUACGCACGGCUCCGCUGUAUACGUUCGUCCAUCGUAUCACUGACACCAUGCAUAAAAUGAUUCGUUUUAGACUAAACCUAUAUUUAUUAAUCAACUUAUAUGUCUACAUUCAUUGUCCUUAAUUUGAACGUAGAUGGAAAAAAAAGAGGGAUAGAAAGAACUAUAUUUUUUGGAACGGAUGGAAUGUUCUUUUACGUAGUAAAAGAAAUACAUAUAAAAAAGAUAAAACGUUACUGAAGUUAGAACGGAUGAAGGACGGAGGAUACGGUGGCCCCUGAAUUAAUUACCAGCCGAUCGAGCGAACACAGAACUGUGCUUUUCUCGUCGUCAUCAUACAUACAUUCAUGCACGUAGUUAAUGGCCUGGUUAGAUCCGAAACUUCCCAAAGGGUCGUCAUCACUCGUCUCGACAAAAUGAAUAGUGCUGUGUGUCGCUGUCAUGCAUAUGGGUGGUGGGUCGAUCUGAUGAUCAUCAUGCCAUGCAAAUGCAUCAACGCUCAAGGCUUUGAUUAGUAUAUAUAGAAGAGGACCAAUGGAGCAUGCAAGCAAAUAUAUACUGUACUGUAGGCACCUGUCGCUUGGCCCCACGGUCACGUACACCUCGCAUGGCUAGCAUGUAUAUAUAUAUACUGGGCUACUGGCUGGCACCCGCCUCCUAACUGAUUUUUUAUAUCAAACCACUCUAACAUCUAAAUAAAAAUUCUUAAUUAUUCAGUUACUAACCAGCGCAUGCUGGUCUGGUCGACAUAAUACAUUACUGGGGGUGCUUGGUUGAGGAUUGAGUUAGUUCAUUAUCUUCUCACUCCUCAUUUUUUUGGUUUGGGUAAUAAAAUGAGUUAAUCCAUCACCACAUUAUUCCUUAUAUUUAGUUAUUUAGUACUAAUAUAUGGAAUGUAGUCAUUCCACUAAAUUUGAGGAAUGAGCACAUGAUUCAUCAAUUCAUUUUGGAUCGAAUGAUUCGUCAAACAAACACAUCAUACAAGGAUUUUGCCCAUUUUCCGCCGCCAAAGCAUCGUCUUCAGUUAUAGUACUAAUGAUAAAGCUGACUCGGCAAAGUACGAUUAGUAUUGGCCGGUGGUGCUGUGAAAAAAAGUAGGGGAUGCGUGUUUGAUUUGGUCGUGUUCAGAUGCGUCGGACGGACCCCACGCAUAUGUGUGAUGUGGUGGUAGAUAGAGCAGCUGUGAAUGCGUCUGACGAUCAGCGCGAGGCCGGUGAGCCUGAGCCCCCCACCGACAGAGCAGCAGAACCAACAGACUGCAACAUCUGGUGCUGCGCUGCCAUGCAACGUGCACCCUGCCAGUGUCAGCUCAAAAGACUGCAACAUCUGUUGCUCCCACCGGCCCACCACCAGACCCAUCACGAUACAUACAACUGACACGAAAUGCAAUGCAAAUGGUGCAGGUCUUCUCCCGAACGGCAACUUCGAGGAUGGCCCGCCCAAGUCGGCGCUGGUGAACGGCACGGUGGUGUCGGGCGCCCACGCCAUCCCGCGGUGGGAGACGUCCGGCUUCGUGGAGUACAUCGAGUCGGGGCACAAGCAGGGGGACAUGCUGCUGGUGGUGCCGCAGGGCGCGCACGCGGUGCGGCUGGGCAACGAGGCGUCGAUCCGGCAGCGCCUGGCCGUGGCGCGCGGCGCCUACUACGCCAUCACGUUCAGCGCGGCGCGGACGUGCGCGCAGGCGGAGCGGCAGCGGCUGAACGUGUCGGUGAGCCCCGAGUGGGGCGUGCUGCCGAUGCAGACCAUCUACGGCAGCAACGGCUGGGACUCGUACGCCUGGGCAUUCAAGGCGAAGAUGGACGCGGUGACGCUGGUCAUCCACAACCCGGGCGUGGAGGAGGACCCGGCCUGCGGCCCGCUCAUCGACGGCGUCGCCAUCCGUGCGCUGUACCCGCCCGCGCUCGCCAGGCGGGCGGGGGGAAACAACCUGCUCAAGAACGGCGGGUUCGAGGAGGGCCCCUACUUCCUGCCCGGCGCGUCCUGGGGCGUGCUCGUCCCGCCCAACAUCGAGGACGACCACUCGCCGCUCCCCGCCUGGAUGAUCGUCUCGUCCAAGGCCGUCAAGUACGUGGACGCCGCGCACUUCGCCGUGCCCCAGGGCGCGCGCGCCGUCGAGCUGGUGGGCGGCCGGGAGAGCGCGCUCGUGCAGGAGGUCCGCACCGUGCCUGGGUGGACCUACCGCCUCGCCUUCGCCGUGGGAGACUCGGGCGACGGCUGCGCGGGCUCCAUGGCCGCCGAGGCCUACGCGGCGCGCGCCACGGUCAAGGUGCCCUACCAGUCCAGGGGCACCGGAGGAUACAAGCGCGCCGUGCUGGACUUCACGGCCAUCGCCAACCGCACCCGCGUCGUCUUCCAGAGCACCUUCUACCACAUGAAGCCCGACGGCACGCUCUGCGGCCCGCUCGUCGACGACGCCUCGCUCGUCGGCCUGCGCAAGAAGAAGCCCGCGCGCCGCCUCAUGCAGCUCCUGUAAGCGCUGCUUCCACGUGCACUACGCCCGGACGGACCGCGCAAGCGAUGGUGUAAUACGGCUGGUAUGUGUUUUUUGGUUUGGUGUGUGCGUGCGUGGUAUACGCGUGCCGUGCGCGCCCUGUGGCUGUGGCUGCAGUGGCGUCGCGUUGGGUGUUUUCUUGUUGUGACGAAGAAAAAAGGGUAUGGGUUGGGGUGGUCCGCUGGCCGGCGCACCGGGGUUUUAAUCAACUUAUAUUAACCUGAUGAAGGUGAAGGUGAAGGUGACACGGGAUUAAUGGC